UUAGGUUGACUGGUGACUCGAAACUGACUCAGUGUGGUUGUGCCCUGUGCUGGACUGGCAUCCCAUCCCAUCCAGGAUGGCUCUUUGCUAGGUACCCAUCAGCGCUCGGUCUCAACUCAGCACCACCUUGAGUUGAAUUUAGCAGUUCAGUGCCUUUUAAGCCACUAGGGGGCGCACUCCGCUGAACUUGUCACUUUGUGAAGGGCGCUACAUAAGUGUCCCUGAUCAUUCGGGUCCUGACUCUGUCGUUGUCCACCCCACCCUGCCCUCUCGUCGGUCUGCCCUUCAGAUUCCACUGUGGAUAUCAUGGUGUCAUGUGACAGUGGCUGUCAAUGUGGUGAUGGGGCCAAAGGCGAUGCCACCUGCCCAUCACUUCGAGCCAAUGAGGUGGGCAGUUGUCACUCAUCGGUAAACAGUAGAUGUCAAACUGAAGGUUCAAAGGGCAAAUCAGAGACAACGAUUGACCCCACCCACAAGCUCCCUCACUUUUGAACCCUGGCAUCAACGCCGAUGACGUGUUUGCAUAGGCAGACUGUCAGAACCCUCUUGUUUGUGGUGCCACAGGCCAGGCUGGACUAUGAGGGGACAUUUAGCCACUGGCUCAAACCAAUGCCCGCCAUGUACGUGUCACGCUGCUGCCUCAGCUGUCUGCAACUCCCCAGGUCCCCACGUCACAAAGUCUUAAUGUGCCAACUUGUGCUGCCUUGACAGCUGGCACUGUGCCCACGUUAAUGGGACGAUGUGUGCACAGAUUUGUCCGGGUGAUUUCUCUUUAACGUGUGUUCAAUCACGAAAAUCGCCGUAGCGUGGCCGGCCACAAAUGACUCAAAGCCAACUUCUCCGUCAUCCAGCCAACUGUCUGUCCCUCCUUUUGUUUGGUGCUCCACCCCCAGAGCCACUCCAAAUGACAUAAACCUGAGCGGGUCACUGUUGUGGUGGGAGGGGCCUCUACCCCUUGGACACUGAUGACUUGGCUGGUAGGCGGUGCCUUCUAACACACCCGAUGCUCAUUGGAUGGCUUCCAAAUUGUAAGGCGGGUCUCAGACAUGUGAGCCACCCAGUUAGUGUGCAAGCAGGCCAGGUGACGUGUGCGUGUGUGCGAAGAUGAGCGCUGCUGCCAGCAGGGAGGUCACAGGUGGCACAACAUCACGCAAGGUUGGUGGUUUAGCUGAGUCAGCAAUGAAAAAUGGAGCCCUAAAGUGGCCGUUGGUCAAAGUGAACGUGAAGAAAACCCACCAGGGGGUUGAGGGGUGGCUGGCAUCCCCAUGAACUUCAGUCUGCUCAUCUUCAGGACAGUCUCCAUAAUCUGCCAGGGCCAGGGGAGAAUAUCAACGAGUCACCGUUAGUGCCCCCUGGUGGUGCAAGGUGUGCCCACCACUAACAAUCUGUGUAGCCUGACGGACCCUUGGUAUCAGGGUCACCGCAGAAAGGUGCUACAUAAAAUCAGAAGGGUACUGCGCAUUCAGUGCCCACCACUGACCCCAUAGGCAUGGCUCUGAGUGAGUCAGGUCAUCUGGUAUUGUGCCUACCUUGGCAUCAAGGUCACUAGAGUAAGGCGCUAUAUAACAUCAGAAAUGCUUGGCUCCCCCUGAGUGAGUCUGGUGACCUGAGCUUAUCACACAGCUUUGUGUCGGGGUCACUAGAGAAAGACGCUAUACAGGUGUGUCCAUCUGCUGGAAUCCACAUGGCUGGCAUGGAAUGAAGAGCACCCAGGAUCGAUAUGCUUGUCUGCACUGGUUCGACUGGUGGUCUCACCUACUAUGAAAGGCACUAUAUAAAAGCACCUCAGGCCUUGCACUCAGUCACCUGCAGAUCUCUUCACGGCUUGGCAUUCAUAACUGGGACAAACGUGGCACAGCAAGCCAGGCUGGACACUGUGUCCGUGGUGGGGGAGGGGCACUGGAGAAGCAUCCCACCUUCCCCCGAGAGAAACGCUGACACACAGUGCCCUCUCAAUGCCAAUAUGCCUGAUUUUACAAAAAGUCAUCGCCACUUCCAGAAAUGCCAACCUGGCGUAAAUGAGUCACAGGGGGGCUGGAAAGAAAAGGAAAAAAUAAAAAAGGGAAUCCAGCUGGAAGUGCUAAAGCCGUCUGGGAUUUGGAAAACUGGCAGAGAGAGAGAGAGAGAGAGAGCAAGCGAGUGAGCGAGCAAGAGGGUCCGCAGGAGGGACGGAGAUGAAGAGGAGGAGGAGGAGCUCCAAGGGGACGAGAACUUGAGGAGUACGAAACAGCCAGGGAGACGACGAUAAGAAACAUGUGGAAGGAAGGAGAGUCUGAGGGGCUCCAGACGCUUGGCAUUGUGGUGGUGCUCUGCUCUACCCUCAAACUGCUGCACUUUCUUGGACUCCUCGACCUCGCAGACAAUAAACCCGAGGAUGAGCUGGAGAUGACGGUGGUCUGUCACCGGCCAGAGGGCUUGGAGCAGCUGGAGGCCCAGACGAAUUUCACCAAGCGGGAGCUGCAGAUCUUGUACCGUGGAUUCAAAAACGAGUGUCCCAGCGGACUGGUCAACGAGGAGACCUUCAAGCAGAUCUAUGCACAGUUCUUUCCACAUGGAGAUGCCAGCACGUACGCACAUUACCUCUUCAACGCCUUCGACUCGGGCCAGAACGGCUCCGUCAAAUUUGAGGAUUUUGUCAUGGCGCUGUCCAUCCUGCUGAGGGGCUCCAUCAGAGAGAAGCUGAGGUGGACAUUCAACCUCUACGAUCUCAACAAAGAUGGCUACAUCAACAAAGAGGAGAUGACCGACAUCGUCAGGGCCAUUUAUGACAUGAUGGGCAAAUACACCUACCCGGUACUGAAAGAUGAAGCCCCCCGGCAGCACGUGGACGCCUUCUUCCAGAAAAUGGACAAGAACAAAGAUGGAGUGGUCACGUUAGAUGAGUUCAUCGUGUCCUGUCAGGAAGAUGACAACAUCAUGCAGUCUCUUCAGCUCUUUGAGAAUGUCAUUUAGGGGGGCUUCACAACGCAGCCCGCCGGCCAGGACCCCAAGUUUAGGGUCUACACCCCGUCACCCUGAGUGUUCCCAUUGUAAAGCCCGGGGGGAACUUGAGCCGGCUGGAGGGUUGGAGGGAAUCUGCUCAGUGGAGGAGUGCGGAGGUGGAAGAGAUCCAGACGG